AUGCUCGAAGAAGAGCCGAAGCUGGACAAGGCCCGGCACAUCAAAUACUGGCUUCGCUGCUUGAAGACACUCUUACCACAUCACUACACUGGCAAUGAAAGCAACCGGAUGUAUCUGGCCUUCUUUAUCAUCUCGGCUCUGGACCUGCUCUCUGCCUGGGAGAGCUCCACAACGGCAUCAGAACGUUCAGAGUACAUAGAUUGGAUCUACCACUGUCAGCAUCCGCGAGGUGGAUUUCGAAUGUGGCCAGGGACCGACUUUGGAAUCCAAUCUAGCCCGGAGAACGAGCGAUGGGAUCCUGCGAAUAUUCCCGCCACGUACUUUGCUUUGUCAGCCUUGCUCAUUGCCGGGGAUGAUCUGAGCAGGGUACGGAGGAGAGAGACGUUGCAGUGGUUGACGAAAAUGCAGAGGGAGGAUGGCAGUUUUGGGGAGACGCUUGUCGAUGGCACUAUUGAAGGUGGGCGGGAUCCAAGAUUUGGGUACUGUGCAACGGGAAUAAGAUUCAUCUUGCGAGGUGGGCGGGAAGGAGCUUUGAGUACUGCUGGGGAAGAGAUUGAAGACAUCCGUCUGGACAGUCUGGUCUCAUGUAUUGAGGCAGCCGAGUCCUACGAAGGCGGCCUCUCCGAUUCACGCUAUCAUGAACCUCAUGCGGGUUACACUUACUGCGCUCUCGGCUGUUUAAACUUUAUCGAGCGACUCAAAUCCAUUUUCCCACCUUCUAAACACAGCACCAACACCAAGCCCUGCGGUCCCUCAGAUCCAGCCCUCACGCUCAGCUGGCUGGUAGCACGUCAGACUGAUCUCGAUGACCCGGACGGCGAACUAGAUUCCUGUACAGAAGAUACAACUUCCCUUCCAGACCCAACAGUUGACGCUCCAGCACUCAAGCAGGACGAUGCCAGGGCCGAGACGGAAACCACGCUUCACCAAUCGCCGGACAAAUCAACUCUCACUUCCGCUUCCCUCUUUCCGACACCCUCGCUUCCUCCACUAUCAGCCGGCAUGAACGGCCGCACAAACAAAGUCGCAGAUACGUGCUAUGCCUGGUGGGUAGGAGCAUCUAUCAGUCUUUUGACACAAGCACCAUCUCCACGUGCGACACAGCGACCGCCAAACCACAUGUUCGGUGCUCCAGCAUUACAGACCUAUCUGCUUUCGAAGACUCAACACCCGGCUCUGGGUGGGUUCGGGAAAUUUCCAGGCGACCUGCCGGAUCUAUAUCACUCGUACAUGGGUCUUGCGGCGCUCGGGCUCAUCGGUACGGAGGGUAUUAAAUCGGUGGAUGCGGGCAUGUGCAUUUCUGCAGAGGCGGAGCAGAGGGUGCAUGGCUUAUGGAAGGAGGGAUCCUCUGCUGUGUGA